CCUCCGAGCCUGCUUUUUUCACUUCUGCACGCCGCUUCGUCCACCGGUGCAGCCGCCUGGUACUCCGCAGUAAGAUCAGCAGGCAUGGCAGAGCAGAUGCGGGGCUGGAACCUGUCCUUUUCUGGCUGCGGCUUCAUGGGCUUUUACUACGUUGGGGUGACCCAGUGCCUGAGCGAGCGCGCCCCGCAAUUGCUGCGCGACGCCCCCAAGAUGCUGGGCGCCUCGGCCGGGGCUCUGCAUUGUGUCACCUUCCUAUGCGGGAUCUCACUCGAACAUCGGCUCCAAAUUCUCAUGGACCUUGCCAGAAAUGCCAGAAAGCGCAACCUUGGUGUACUUCAUCCUUCCUUUAAUAUGUCCACAUAUAUCCGUGAUGGUCUAAACGAGGUCCUCCCAUCCAAUGCUCACAAGCUGGUCUCCGGCAGACUGGUCAUCUCACUCACCAGAGUGUCUGACAGGAAGAAUGUGUUGGUAUCAGAUUUUGAUUCCAAGGAAGAGAUUGUUGACGCCUUGGUUUGUUCCUGCUUCAUUCCAUUCUACUGUGGCUUCAUUCCCCCAACUUUCAGAGGUGUGCGAUACAUGGAUGGAGGAGCAAGUAACAAUGUACCUUUCAUCGAUGACAGCACCACCAUCACUGUUUCUCCUUUCUACGGGGAGCAUGACAUCUGCCCCAAAGUCAAGUCAACCAACUUCCUCCAUGUGAACAUCACCAACCUCAGCUUCCGUCUCUGCUCAGGCAACCUUUACCUCGUAGCCAGAGCACUUUUCCCUCCAGAGCUGAAGGUACUUGGAGAGAUCUGUCUUCGUGGAUAUUUGGAUGCACUUAGAUUCUUGGAAGAAAAGGGCAUCUGUGACCCAUCAUCUCCUUGUUUGAAUGUGCCUUUGGAGGAGAAAGGACCAGAGAUCACUUCAUCCUGCUGUGAAAAUGAGAGUCCCCCCAAGCCUCAUAGGAGGCAGAGUGAUAAUGAGAUCACAUCAGAGGGCACUGAGCUCAUUGACCAUCUACGACUCAGCAUCAUUCCAUGGGAUGAGGAAAUCUUGAAAAUCAUCUCACCUGAACUUUCUUUAGCUCUGCAAAAAUCAAUGAAAGAAAAGAAUGGAUCCUUGGCCAAGAUCUUCAACUGCUUACCUGUUCGGAUAAUGUCCUAUGUGAUGCUCCCAUGUACACUGCCUGUGGAGUCUGCGGUUUCCAUUAUGCAAAGGCUAGUGAGAUGGUUUCCAGAUAUGCCUGAUGACCUUGAAUGGUUGCAGUGGGCUGCCUAUAAAAUUUUCGGUCUAGCAUGAGAGUAUCUCCUUCUAGUAUCCAAGUGAGGAAAUGAAGGCCUUUUCCAAGGCUCCUCAAGUGGUUGUGAAGUCUGGAGAGAAACCUAUGCUUCCAGAAUUCAAAUCCAAGUGAUUUUACCCCUUCCCAUUACAAUCUAAGAAGACAAGGGCUUGUUUUUGCUUUUCAGGAACCAAAGCUUGUCUUCAGGAAGAAGCGACCAGCUGAUCUGUCUCUUAGCAAGGCCUUGCUCAGAAGCUCUCAGUCCUUCUAGGCAUUGAGAAGACUGGCUCAGUGAAGGGCUUUCAACUUCCAUGGAGGCCAAAGCUAGCAAUGAAAGAUGCUCUACCUUAAAAUCCAACCUCACGUUUUUCUCAAAUGAUAAAAUGCCUAGAGUAGAAGAAAAUUCUAACCUGUCCUUCUCCAAGAGAAAAGCAGAAGUCACUGCGGAAGAGAAUUUUAGAAAAAUAUUUCUAAGGGCAUAAAAUCCUUUAUAAAACUUGAGAGUUACUUUUCAAACUUGGUUUCUGAUGGUCCACUAGACACUAUGAUUGUACAGAAUUGUGGCCUCUGUACUGAAUCUUCCAAUUCACUUUUAUAAAAAUAUAAAAUAGAUAAAAAAAAAUUCAGCCAA